AUGUCCUCGCCACCCUUACGCACCCCUCUCACAACCCGCCUGGCCGCCGUCGCGGGCGCAGACGACGAUGACCCCCUCUUUUCCUCCGCCCUCGAAGAGACAACAACUCCUCACCGUCGCCUCCCGAGCAUCGAUCCCCCCUCCAGCCGCACCUCCCUCCGUACGCCCUCCAACAACCCCCUCCGCAGCUCUCUCCGCAGCUCCGCCCAUCGCGGUCUCUCCGCCUCGGGCCGCCGCUCCCUCGCCGCAAACACGACGCCGCACGCCCGCGCCGCCUACCGCACCAUUGACGCCCGACGCGCCGCGGCGUUGACCCCCGGCAAGAACAAGCGGCGCGAGAGCUUCCGGCCUCGGCGGGAGUCACUGCACGACGUGCUUCGCGGGUUGAGCCGGGUCGUGAAGGCAAACACGCAGCCCAUCUCUUCGUCCUCGUCACCCAGUGACUUGGGUUCGAGAGCGCCAAGCGCGAGCCUGCCGAUUCGGACCGUAGGCGGCGACCGGAGGAGCCUGGCAUAUGACGAUGAUGAUGACGACGAUGACGAGCUUCCUAUCGAUAGGCCAAGGUUGUCGCUACCGUUGGACGUCGAGGACGAGGACGAGGAUGAUCUGGUGGCGCCCGAGCUGUCGCAGAUUGACGAGAACGCGACGAUUGAGUUUCCGCGAAGGGCAUAUACCGACCAGGUCUCACGGAUGUCGAUGGGAAGUGUGCGAUUGAGCGAGUACAGGAAUUAUGACGACUUGGACGACGAUAAUGAUGAGGGCGGAGAAGGGUUCUUUCCCGGGUUUGAAGUUGGCGCCCUGGACGAGGAGAGCGGACGAGAUCGGGAGGAGUCGUUUGGCAGAGACGAGGAAGAGAACCUCCGACGACAGACAAUGGCAUCAGCGAGGGCGAGCGACUUUGGGUUCGAGGUGCCCGUAGAUGCCGAUAACCAGACCACGUUCGUGAUGGCGGUUGAAGGGCAGAGCUCGCCCGCUCGGCCGCUGCCCGAAGUCACAGACGAACAGCCGUCGCUCAAUAUAACGCCUGCUUAUGACGAGUCGGUUUUCGACGAACUAAACCCGCCCAUGGAUGAGGACAUGGGCUUUGGAGGCGCCUACGAUGAUCUGCGCAGCUCGACGCCCAUCGAACCGGCCGAGGCAACGGAACUCGACGACGACGAAACGAAAGCUAGCGCGCACUUUGAGCAGCAGCAGCAACAAAGGUCGCGCAAGACGAAGCGGGGCGUCAAGCUGUCAAGGUACAACGUGGAGUACCCUUCGCUGCCGCCGGCGGUGGUCAAGCGGCUGGCCAACACGUUCGCGCGGUCGAGCGGCAUCAGCAAGACCAAGAUCAGCCCGGAGGCGCUGGCCGAGAUCCAGCGUGCGUCGGACUGGUUCUUUGAGCAGCUGGGCGACGACCUGUCGGCGUAUGCGAGGCACGCGAAGCGCAAGACUAUCGAUGAGAGCGAUAUGCUCACACUCAUGCGAAGACAACGCCAGACCAACCAAACGACUACCCCCUUUUCCCUGGCGCAUAGGUACCUGCCCCGGGAACUACUGCAGGAGUUGAGGAUGCCGAAGCCGCCACCCCCAGCGGAGCCGAGGAGGAAGCGCCAUCGUGUAACCGACGGCGACGAUGGAGAAGAGGGGUGA